AAUUGAUGAAGUGAAUGGAUCAUAUUAAGCAUCUAUGAUUGGCAAUACACAAAAACUAUAAUCCCUUAUUUAAUGAUGAAAUUAGAUGAGUCACAUCCUAAAUAUUGAAUAUUGUUAUUGUGUGAGCAUUAGAAAGCAAAGGGAAAAGGAGAGUUGUUUGUGUGCUGUGGAUUUAAUACCUUGCCCUUUCUUCUCUCCGUCGGAAUUUCCGUUAUUCACUUUUUCCGAUCACGGGAUUCGAUCCAAUCUCCAAAACCCUAUUUUCAAUCCAAAUUGAUUACCGAUUCUUUUCUCCUUAGAUUAUCGUCUACUCUUGGUGGUGAUGGACGAUUACGCCAGCAGCGACGAUGAUUACAAUUACUCCGAUGAUCAAGACUCUGUCGGUGAUGUCUUCGCAAACGAUGACCUAGAUUUUCCGUUGGUCUCUUCCAAGGGUUCCACUACUCAGGUGAUUACGAAGGAAUCACUGCUAGCUGCACAGAGGGAGGACUUGCGGAGAGUGAUGGACAUGCUUUCUGUAAGAGAACAACACGCACGUACACUGCUUAUUUAUCAUCGUUGGGAUGUGGACCGUUUGUUUGGAGUUUAUGUAGAAAAAGGGAAGGCAUUUCUGUUUGCUGAGGCUGGUGUUAGUGUGGAUGAAUGUCGUGACUCUAGCUCACUGGCUUAUGAUUCAGUAAUGUGCGAAAUCUGCAUGGAUGACGUUCCUAUUGAAGAAGCAACAAGAAUGGAUUGUGGUCACUGCUUUUGCAACUCAUGUUGGACGGAACAUUUUUUUGUCAAGAUAAAUGAGGGUCAAAGUAAACGCAUCAGAUGCAUGGCUCACAAAUGUAAUUCCAUUUGUGAUGAAGCUGUCGUAAGAACUCUACUCAGUAGAAAGUACCCUGAUAUGGCAGAGAAAUAUGAACGCUUUCUUCUUGAAUCGUACAUCGAAGACAAUAAAAGAGUUAAAUGGUGUCCGAGUACGCCGCAUUGUGGGAAUGCAAUUCGUGUGGAGGAGGAUGACUUGUGUGAGGUAGAGUGUUCAUGUGGUGAACAGUUUUGUUUUAAUUGCUUGGAAGAAGCACACUCCCCUUGUUCAUGUUUGAUGUGGGAGCUUUGGGUUAAGAAGUGUCGAGAUGAAUCAGAAACUGUUAAUUGGAUAACUGUUCAUACAAAACCUUGUCCAAAGUGCCACAAACCAGUGGAGAAGAAUGGUGGCUGUAAUUUGGUUAGCUGUAUUUGCGGCCAAGCAUUUUGUUGGUUGUGCGGUGGAGCUACUGGUCGGGAGCAUACUUGGUCAAGUAUAGCUGGUCAUAGCUGUGGUCGCUACAAAGAACAGGAGAAAACAGCUGAGCGGGCAAAGAGGGAUCUCUAUAGGUACAUGCAUUAUCAUAACCGGUAUAAAGCUCACACAGACUCCUUUAAGCUUGAAAGUAAACUGAAAGAGGCCAUACAAGGGAAAAUUUCGAUUUCGGAAGAAAAAAAUUCUACUACAGUCACAGAUUAUAGCUGGGUAAACAAUGGACUCUCUAGACUUUUCAGAUCAAGGCGUGUCCUUUCCUACUCAUAUGCAUUUGCAUUUUACAUGUUUGGAGAUGAGCUUUUUAAAGAAGAAAUGUCAGAAGAUCAAAGGGAAAUAAAACAGAACUUAUUUGAGGAUCAACAGCAGCAGCUUGAGGGAAAUGUUGAAAGACUCUCUAAGGUUUUGGAGGAGCCUUUUGAAACCUUUAAAGAUAAAAAGGUUAUGGAAAUAAGGAUGCAGAUACUAAAUCUGUCUACGCUAAUUGACAAUCUUUGCAAAACAAUGUAUGAGUGCAUCGAGAAUGAUUUACUGGGUUCUCUUAAUCAUGGUAUUCACAGUAUAGCACCAUAUAAGUCAAGGGGCAUAGAGAAGGCUUCAGAGCUUCAAGUUUCUUGGAGCAAUAAAGCCAAUAAUACCGUUUGACUUAGUGGAUGCUGAGAAAUGUUACUGAGUGAAAAGGAUUCUUCUUGUAUCUAUGCUGCAAGCGUAGGUGUAACAGCAGAGGUUGAGAGGCCAGAAGAGAGUGGAUGUUCAUCUCGUAAGCGUGCUAGAAAAGAGGGUCUUGGUGGUGGUUUUUUUGAUCUGAACUUGCCAGCUGAGUUUCUAGACAGAAAUUAACUUUGAAGGGUGACUUUAUAUACAUACAGACGUACAGGUCUAACAUAUAUUGCUUUGCUGUUUUUUGAUGGGAUGGUUCAACCAUUUUGGGUUUCACAUCCCUGCAUUUGCUUCUUAAUCUAUCUUCAUCUGCCUUUUUUGUUUGUACAUACCUUUGGGGCACUUAUUUGCCAGUAGAUUAUUCAAAUGUCUACUUGGGUUUCUAGCAGUACCCUUGAAGACAAUUUUUAGGAUGUUUUGGUUACUAUCUUAUUAUGGAGUUCAAGUGAAGAUAACUUCACUGAUUUUUCUGUUUUUGGUAACUUCCAAAUAAUGAUAUUCCGUUUCGAAUAAAUAGUAAUAACAUACUACAUGUAUACAGUGAUGCA